AUGUAUCAGACGUCCAUUGGUCCCUGCUCUGCAGGACGAGCGCAGUCCUCCCUGGGAGUUGUAGUCCUCUAUUGUUGUCCACGCUGCAAGAUGAAAGAACAAAUGGGGAUCUUUACUCUUGGAGAAUGACCUCAAAAUGUUCAUCAGGAAUGUAUUCUCAGAGAGGAAAUGACAUGACUUCAAGACGAGCUAACUCAUAAGAAAAUGAACUUCCAUUGCAAUGAGUCCUCAAGCGCCACGCCUACGGGAUAUUUUCCAAACUGCAGCCUUCAGCCACGACUACAACCCGCAACCCAUUUUCAUUUCUCAUGAGUCAGCGGACACCAUGUCUGGGAGGACCGGGGAAGGACGCUCUGGCCGCACUAGAUGCUUGGGGCGACGACUAUGAUAAGCCCCUCUAUCCGUCGCUGGCGGCCAGACUCUGUGGUCGCGAUUUGGAAAUCUGCGCGGGAAGUGGGCGGUGCGGUGAAGCGGCGGUGGGUUGUCCUUUGAAGCUGCCCAAUCGAGGUGCACUAUUCUGUGCGCCUUCGGCGGCCUCUGAUUACAGCCUCAGCCAACUGAUCUCAGCCUCGCCGGAGAAGCCGCCCCUUUGAGCUGUAAGGGGGCGGGGACGGGGCGGGGCUCUGGCUGUGCCUCAGAGUUGGCGGCUUGCUCUGUCGGCGUGCAGCCGGGCUGUGAAAGACAGCGGCAGGAGCCAAUCAGCGAAUCGGCCCUCGCCCCGCUCAGGCACUCGCGCCAUCCCGGUCGCGGCCGUUACUGGUGGCGCGCGCGGGGACUCAAAGUAGAUCAUGGAAGACACCCAGGUUAUUAACUGGGAAGUUGAAGAAGAGGAGGAGGUUGAAGAGAGACCCAGUGAAUCUUUGGGGUGUAGCUCGGAGCCCCUUGGGCGACUGCGUAUCUUCAGUAGUUCCUAUGGACCAGAAAAAGAUUUCCCAUUAUACCUCGGGAAGAAUGUGGUAGGCCGAAUGCCUGAUUGCUCUGUGGCCCUGCCCUAUUCAUCUAUCUCCAAACAACAUGCGGUGAUUGAAAUCUUGGCCUGGGACAAGGCACCUGUCCUCCGGGAUUGUGGGAGCCUCAAUGGUACUCAAAUCCUGAGGCCUCCUAAGGUCCUGGGCCCUGGGGUGAGUCAUCGUUUGAGGGACCGGGAGUUGAUUCUCUUUGCUGACUUGCCCUGCCAGUACCAUCGCUUGGAUGUCCCCCUGCCCUUUGUCUCCCGGGGCCCUCUAACUGUAGAGGAGACACCCAGGGUACAGGGAGGAACUCAACCCCACAGGCUUCUGUUGGCUGAGGACUCAGAGGAAGAAGUAGAUUCUCUUUCUGAAAAGUGUGUGGUGAAAGGACCAAGGACCUCCUUUUUGGCAACAGUAGUUCCAGAGAGCGAUGAGGAGGGACCUUCGUCUGCCCUGGAUGGCCCUGGGCCACCUUUUGCCUUCAACUUGAACAGUGACACAGAUGAGGAAGAAAGUCAGCAACCAGGAGCAGGGGAGGCCUCCUCAGCUGUCAGAAGAGUCACCGCUGCAGAGACAGAACAGCCUAAACCUGUCACAACUGAAAUCCAGCUUGAAAAGGAUCAGUGUUCAGUGAAGGAGAAGAACAAUGACACGAAAGUUGAGAGGAAUGCGAGGAGUGGGGUGGUUCCAGUUGGAGUGAUUCUGGAGAGGAGCCAGCCUGCUGGGGAGGACAGUGACACAGACGUGGAUGAUGAGAGCGGGCCUCUGAGAAGGCUCACUGGGGUCCAUCUGGAAAGGGCCCAGCCUUGUGGCUUCAUAGACAGUGAUACUGAUGUGGAAGAAGAGGGGAUCCCUGCGACCCCAGCAGUAGUUCCUGUGAGGAAGAGGCACAUCUUCCAUGAAGUUGGUACAGAGAGUCCUCGGGCACCUGGCGUGGCACAUCGGCAGGAGAGCCCGGCUGGUAGUGAUACAGAUAUAGAGGAGAGGGAGGCCCCCCUGACCGUCCCUCUGGACAGAAGCCGAGCCUCUGUCGUGAUCGAUAGCAAUACAGAUGACAAGGAAGAAGUCUCAGCAGCGCUCACACUGGCACAUCUAAGAGAGAGCCGGGCCGUUGCGUGGAACAGAGAUGCAGAUGCAGAAGAGGAUAGGGCCCAACCGGUGGCCCUUCUGGAGCAAAGCCAAGCCUCUGCUGGGAGAGACAGUGACACAGACGUGAAGGAAAAGGGGCUCCCAGUGGAGAAGACAGGAACUGUUCCCAGGGGUCACACGGGCAAGGCAUAUUCGGAAAAGAGUCAACCUCCUCUCAGGGACAGUGAUACAGAGGUGAUGGAAGAGAAGAGCUCACUGGGGUUCCACCUGCAGAGAAGCCAAGCCUCUGCCACAGUGCAUGUCAACACACAAGUGGUGGAGGAAGUCCUACCAGGGCCAGCUGUUAUACUUCUGGAGAAGCAUCAAGUACCUGUAGCAUGGACACAUCAAACAGAUGUGGAAGCUGAAGGAGGCCCAGCAAAGCUGCCUGUGGUGUAUCUAGAAGAAGCCCAGCCUCCUCUAGCUGGGGACUGUGGCCCAGAUGCGGAGGAGAACACAUCCUUAGCAGCCUCAGCAGUGGCAGAUGUAAGAAAGAGCCAGCUUCAUGCAGAAGAAGAUACUGGGACAGAGUGGGCUGCAGCCGUUCUUGAACAGGGCAGAGCUUUUAUGGCUGGGGCCCAGGGUGGGUCACCCGCGGCCCAAGUGGAGCAGGACCUUCUCCCUGUCUCAAGGAAUAACAUAGCACAUCUGGUGGUGGACACAGGCACUCCAGGGGAACCCACCCAGCCACAGAGAGAGGGGGCCCAGACCCCCACAGAAAGGGAGAGAGAACCACAUGUGGAUAGGACCAUGAACUCUGGAGACAACCACGAUGAUUCUGAAGAUCUGGACCUACAAGCUACCCAGUGCUUUGUGGAGAGAGAGAAUCAGAGCCUGGAAGUCCCCAGCAUGGAGGAUGAACCCACCCAGGCCUUCCUGUUUACUCUGCCCCAAGAGCCUGGCCCUUCCCGUUGCAGCUUCCAGGCCACAGGUUCCCUGGAUGAGCCAUGGGAGGUCUUGGCUACACAGCCAUUCUGUCCGAGAGAGUCUGAAGCCUCUGAGACCCAGCCCAUUGCCACCCACAUUGAAGCCCAUGGACCUUGCCCCUCUCCACCUACGGCAGCACCACAAGAGCAACAUCCACAAAGUCCAGUUCAUGCAGAGUCACUGGGGAUUCAAGGCAGAGGGAUGCAGACUGUGGAGGAAGACAUGGGUACACCAAGAGAAACAGCAGAGAGGGUGACCCCUGAGAGAGGGCCAUUGGAGAGGGAAACUGAGAAACUGCCCUCGGAAGGAGAGAGGGAAGAUGUGAUGGGAGAGGAAGAAUCAACCAGGGGGAUACAGGACAGAGAACAAAAACAGGUGUUAGCUAGGGAUACUCAGAAACAAGAGUCAGACAAAAGAGUAAAAAGUGCAAGUACUGAAAGGGAUAUGGAGAGUUUGAAGGUAGAAAUUGAGACACCUAAGGAAAUACAAGAGAAAGAGAGAGAAAAGCAGACCCUUACAAGCGAAAUAUUUGACAGAGAAGCAGAGAAACCAGUAGCAGAGAGAGAGUGUGAGGCAGGUGGGUUAGAAGGGAAGGUACCCAAAGUGAUGCUGGACAGAGGCCCACAGACAGGGGAGACAGAGGCGGGGGGCCAGGACCAGAAAGGCCAGGCCUCAGGUUCGACACCAGAGCCUGGAGCGGGGGCGGGAGACCUUCAGGGACUUGCUUCAGACCCCAUAGCUUCUGGGAGCCAGUCAGGUGGAGGAAGGGGUGCCCCAGUGAGACCCAGGAGGCAGCAGAGAGGCUACUUGAAUUGUAAGAUGCCACCUGCUGAGAAGGCUUCCAGGGGUGAUCAGGAAUCCCCAGCUGCUUGUCGGCCUCCGGCAGUGCAGGAAGCUUCCACGCCACUCCAGAACCCCCUCAUCUCUCAGAGCCCCAAACGUCCUGCCCCUCAGUCCCUCCUUUCGCCCUCUCCACCUCCUUCAGAACCGCCCAUUCCCAGGACCAGACAAAAUGAGAGUCAGGAAGCUCUGGAGACUCCCUUUUCCUCAGAGCUGGACGCUCUCCACCCAAAACCCAAAGUCAAGCCCCAAGGGUCCUCUCCAGUUUCUUCUGUACCCCUUGAGCCCCACCCUACCACCUCCACAGACCAGCCUGUCACCCCCAAGCCCACAUCUCGGGCCACUCGGGGCAGGACACUUAGGUCCUCCGUCAAAACCCCUGAACGAAAUGUCUCCACAGCCCCUGAGUUCCAGCCUUCUGCCCACACAGACCAGCCUGUCACCCCCAAACCCACAUCUCGGGCCACUCGGGGCAGGACACAGAGGGCUUCUGUCAAGACUCCCGAACCAGUUAUCUCCACAGCCCCUGAGCCCCAGCCUUGCACUUCCACAGACCAGCCUGUCACCCCCAAACCCACAUCUCGGGCCACUCGGGGCAGGGCACUCAGGUCCUCAGUCAAAACCCCUGAACGAAAUGUCCCCACAGCCCCUGAGCUCCAGAAUUCUGCCCACACAGACCAGCCUGUCACCCCUAAACCCACAUCUCGGGCCACUCGGGGCAGGGCACUCAGGUCCUCAGUCAAAACCCCUGAACGAAAUGUCUCCACAGCCCCUGAGCUCCAGAAUUCUGCCCACACAGACCAGCCUGUCACCCCCAAACCCACAUCUCAGGCCACUCGGGGCAGGGCACUUAGGUCCUCUGUCAAAACCCCUGAACAAAAUGUCCCCACGGCCCCUGAGCUCCAGCCUUCGGCCCACACAGACCAGCCUGUCACCCCCAAACCCACAUCUCGGGGCAGGACACAGAGGGCUUCUGUCAAGACUCCCGAACCAGUUAUCUCCACAGCCCCUGAGCCCCAGCCUUCCACUUCCACAGACCAGCCUGUCACCCCCAAACCCACAUCUCGGGCCACUCGGGGCAGGACACUUAGGGCCUCUGUCAAAACCCCUGAACGAAAUGUCUCCACAGCUCCUGAGCUCCGGCCUUCUGCCCACACAGACCACCCUGUCACCCCCAAACCCACAUCUCAGGCCCCUCGGGGCAGGACACUUAGGUCUUCUGCUAAGACCCCUGAACCAGUUGUCCCCAUAACUCCUGAGCCCCAGCCUUCCACCUCUAAAGACCAGUCUCUCACCCCUGAGCCCACAUCUCAGGCCACUCGGGGCAGGACACAUAGGUCCUCUGUCAAGACAUCCCAGCCAACUGAACCCACAGCUCCUGACCUUGAACCUUCGUCCCCCACACACCAGCCUGUCACCCCCAAAGUCAUAGCUCAGGGUGGUCAGAGCAGGACACUAAGGUCUUCUACAGUAAGUGCUGUGCCAGUGCCUACCACCCCUGAGGUCCACUCUCCAGUCCCCACAGAACAGCCUAUUCCUCCUGAGCCCAUCCCUGAAGCCAAUUGCAGCAGGAGGCCAAGGGCCACUAGGAAACCUGGGUCUCUCACAGCUCACGUUCAUGAACCCUACUCUGCGCCCUCCGAACCUAACUCCCGGUCCUCAAGGAACCAGAGACGAGGGGCGGUGAGAGCAGCCGAGUCCCUUAGCACCAUUCCUGAGCCUGCCUUUGCCCAGCUUCCCGAGGCACCCACUCAUGCUCCCCAGAUCCCAAAGGGGGAGGCAGCAGAUAGAUCUGGCUUCACCCCAGAGCCCCAGCCUGAGGCCUCUCAAAAUCACAAGAGGCCUUUAGCUACUGUGGACUCACCUCCACUUCAAAAACGGCUCCAAAGAGGAGAAGUUCCCCAGAAGACAGCAUUCCUUAAGGAAGAAGAAGAAAAUCCUGCAGCGAAGCUGAGGAAGAUAGAGGAUGUAGUGAUUCCAGAACCAGGCAAGAGAAAGAGAGAGCAGACAGAGGAGGAGCCCCGGGAAAUACCGAGCCGCAGCCUGCGACGGACCAAACCUAUCCAAGAGUCCACGGCCCCCAAAGUGCUCUUCACAGGCGUGGUAGAUGCUCAUGGAGAGCGGGCAGUGCUGGCCCUGGGGGGCAGUAUGGCCAGCUCAGUGGCUGAGGCUUCCCACCUGGUGACGGAUCGGAUCCGCCGGACAGUCAAGUUCCUGUGUGCCCUGGGGCGGGGCAUCCCCAUCCUCUCCCUGGACUGGCUGCACCAGUCCCGCAAGGCAGGUUGCUUCUUGCCCCCGGCUGAAUAUGUGGUGACUGAUCCUGAGCAGGAGAAGAACUUUGGCUUCAGCCUUCGGGAGGCCCUGAGCCGGGCUCGGGAGCGAAGGCUGCUGGAGGGCUAUGAGAUUCACGUGACCCCAGGAGUCCAGCCACCACCACCUCAGAUGGGAGAGAUCAUCAGCUGCUGUGGAGGCACCGUCCUACCCAGCAUGCCCCGGUCCUAUAAGCCUCAGAGAGUUGUGAUCACAUGUUCCCAGGACUUCCCUCGAUGUGCCAUUCCAUUUCGGGUUGGGCUGCCCAUCCUCUCACCUGAGUUCUUGCUCACAGGAGUGCUAAAGCAGGAAGCCAAGCCAGAGGCCUUUGUCCUCUCCACUUUGGAAAUGUCAUCCACCUGAAAACCCCACCCCAGUAUGCUUUUCCUCCCAGACCAAUAUAUAAAGUGUUAGAAAUAUCUGGAAGAAAGAACUUAGGGCUUUAGAAAGGAUUGGGGUGUACUGAUCUGAUUUGUCUUGGAACAUGGGUGGGGCCGAAAAGGCUUGUUGGUAAACAAAGACAGGGAGAUUGGGAGCCACAGAUUUUCUUAAAUGGCCAUUUAAAGUUGGCCAAUCCCAUGCUCAGAUAUCUUAAGUUGCUGCUCAUAUUUAGCUGGACUGAUGUGCUUAUUGCUCUAUGGCAUGCACAGUGUCCUGCCUCCUGUUUGGAAACCAUUUGUUUCUCUUCUUCUUUUCUUACUGGGAUUCUUACUCAUCCUGCAAAAGAUAGUGGAAACAAUUUUAGUGUCCUGAACUUGAAAGAAUGCUUGGAGUGAGUAAAUUUGAAGGUGGAGUUAUGGAAUGCUACUAAAAUAUUUUCCUCUCUCCUUGACCUAUCUCGUUAGAAGCAUCCUUUAGCUUUGACGUUGAGCAAAUCUCUGCCCUUUUUUUUUUUUCUGGCCUGCUUUUCCAGUAUUUAUAAAGUUAGCUUAGGCUUAACCUCUGUGAUAAAUAAAUAUUCACUAUGUGCCUUA